UUGUAUCACGUUCACCAGCAUUUAUCAGCAACAAGAUCUGUAUCAAUCUAGCUGCAAAACCAUCUUUUUCUUCUCAAUAUUCUCAUCAUUAUUCCACAAAUUCUGCAACCACCACAACGUCAUCCCCUCAACCUAAUAUUCAACAUCUCAUCACAUUAGCAGAUUUGUCACAAACCCAAAUUUACAAUUUACUUGUUUCAUCGAUUAAUCACAAGUACAAUGCAAAGCAUCUAAAUAAAUCAUCGGGUGCCCCGUUGGCUGGGAAGACUUUAGCACUUAUGUUUUCGAAAAGGUCUACACGGACUAGAGUUGCUACUGAGGCUGCAGUCGCUUAUUUGGGUGGUCAACCAAUGUUCCUUGGAUCUCAGGAUAUUCAAUUGGGUGUCAAUGAGUCAUUACUUGACACAAGCAAAGUUGUGUCAAGUAUGGUUGACGGAAUUAUGGCACGUGUCGGAUCACAUGAUGAGAUUGAGACUCUUGCCAAGUACUCUUCGGUGCCAAUUAUAAACGCAUUAUCCGAUAAAUACCAUCCAACACAAAUUCUCGCUGAUCUGAUGACUUUACACGAAGUCUAUUUACCGCAAUCAACCUCUUAUAAUGCACAUUUAACACACCCACAAGGAACAUUACCUGGUCGCACAGUCGCGUGGAUUGGUGACGGAAACAAUAUUUUACAUAGUAUGUUAGUCACUCUCCCAAAAUUAGGUAUCAAUUUGUCGGUUGCUACCCCCAAUGAUUAUCAACCUAUAAAAGAAGUGGUUGACAUUGCGAUACGUGAGGCGUCAAAGUCUGGUGCAGAAUUGUCGUUUACUACUGAUCCAAUGGAAGCUGUUCAUCAAUCUGAAAAAGCAAAACGUCUUCAAGAUUUUGCCGGGUAUCAAAUCACUUCAGAAUUAGCUGAAAAAGGAGGUGCUAAUACAGAUUGGAAGUUUUUGCAUUGUUUACCACGUAAACAGGAGGAAGUCACUGACGAGGUAUUCUAUUCUCCGAGAUCUGUCGUUUUUCAGGAAGCAGAGAACCGUAAAUGGACUAUUCUGGCUGUUAUCGAGGCACUUCUUGUAAAGAAAGGAUUUGAAUAG